AUUCUACUCGCUGUAAUCUACGGGAUAACGUAGAAAAAGAAAAGAAGAAAACAAAUAAAAAAAUUCAAGUCUGGCAAAGUUGUGUUUAACCAAAUGAAAUGUUUAGAAUAACGCGGCGAACGUGUAAUCACUGUUAUCGGGAUCAUUUCCGCAGGGGUGGAGGUUCACCUCCUUAAGGUUCCCGUGGUUGCGAUCGAAUAACAGCCGUGCAGUGUUCUCCGCGACACUUGCUUGAUUAACGCACGCCAAUAGACAGACGGCAUCCAGCGGAAAAGUCGUAAACGAAAAAUGUUAAAGCGAAGUCUGCCGUUAUUUGACGAAUGAACAACAGUUCUCUCAUACGUGGAAAUGCUAGGAACGAUGUGCGUACAUCGGGACGCGUAAUAAAAUUAUUUUUUAUCGAGAAAAACUUGCCGCGUUCGAAGACACGUUUUAAUUGAGGAUUUUGUGGUCCUCGAGAUACCGCGCCGAGCGUUGACACUGAGGCAUAGAUCCGAGCAAAGCGGACGAAUUUUUUGACGCAUGCAGACGACGAUAUUUCGCGUUUCUUCGAGUUACAUUUUAGUCGGAAUAUUAUUCGCCGGACCGCGGAGGUGGAAAUCGAGAAGAUGAGUAAGAGAAAAGAAAUGGUAACUUGUCGAGAUGUGCUGUGGUACCUUGUUUUCUGCGGCUUCGCCAUCAACUAUAUGUUGCGAAUCAACUUGAAUCUGACAAUAGUGGCGAUGGUGAUGCCCCGUGCGAAGGGAGCUGCUGCUACUGCCCAGUGCAAUCCUGAAAUUGCCAAUACAACAUUAGAAGGAAGUGGCAAUCUUACAGUGGUGUCUACUGCUGUACCAAUUUCAGAGAAUGUCACGUACGAAGACAGAUUUGCUUGGACUGAGUUCGAGCAAGGUCUAGCGUUGGGAUCUUAUUUCUGGAUACACUGGUUGUCGCAGCUUCCUGGAGGACUGUUGGCCAGACGUUAUGGAACCAAGCUUGUGUUUGGUCUGGGGAACCUCCUGACAGCUGUUAUAGGCUUCCUCAUUCCAAUUCUGACCCGCCAACACCUUUAUGCUCUCAUUGCCUUGCGAGUUCUUCAAGGUCUGGCAGCAGGUGUUGUAUGGCCUUCGAUGCAUAACAUGACAGCUAAAUGGAUUCCUGCAGUUGAGAGGAGCAAAUUUGUCAGUUCCUAUUUAGGUAGCUCUGUAGGUGCAGCUAUAACUUAUCCACUUUGUGCAGCUGUCAGUAGCUCGUAUGGUUGGAGUGCAGCUUUUUAUGUAACGUCUUCGCUUGGAGUAAUCUGGUACUGUGCCUGGUUAUUCCUGGCAUACGAUUCACCCCAGGAACAUCCUCGAAUAUCUGAAGAGGAAAAGAAAUAUAUAAUAGAUAAUAUCAGAGAAACAGUCGACGAAGAAAAAUCUGAAAUACCCUGGAAGUCCAUAUUGCUGUCUGUCCCAGUUUGGAUGACUAUUGCCGGACAGUGGGGCAGUGGCUGGGGUUUCCUUACUUUGAUGACCCAAACUCCGAGUUACUUCAAUUUCAUUCAUGGCUGGAACAUCAACGCGACUGGCCUUGUUUCCGGAGCUCCUCAUCUACUGAGAAUGAUUUUCUCAUACUACUUCUCAGUCUUUUGCGAUUGGCUCAUACGUACCAAGAGAAUGAGUUUGACAAACGUCAGGAAGCUAGCUACGUUUGCAUGCACAGGUGUGCAAGGGAUGUUCAUCCUGUUUUUGGCUUACAGUGGCUGCCAGCCAGUUCUUGCUGUGAUCUUUAUGAUAGCAGGAACUACCAUGAACGGCGCCAUUUCUGCUUCCACCUUACCAAACUUUGUCGACCUCAGCCCUAACUAUGCUAGCGUACUUCUUGGCUUUUGUGGGAUGAUAAUAAUCUGGUCCGGUUUCAUUUCACCUGCUAUCGUUGGAAGUCUAACGAAUAAAAACCAAACUGUGGAACAAUGGCAGAAAGUUUUUAUCAUAGCCGCUGCUAAUUCUAUAGCGAGCGCUAUUGUGUAUUUACUAUUUGGAACUUCGGAGCUACAACCAUGGAACAGUUAUGGAAAACCAAGUCCACAAAAGGAGCAAGAAAUGGAGAAGUUAACAGAUCUGCCAGUAAUAAAAUGUGAACACGUAGACGAGAAAACGAACGGGACCGAGAAAGAUGGAAUUUUAGAAAAGAAAUAGAAGAAAUAAGAAUGUCCCGUUGGUAAAAAUAGGAUAAAGUACAGCAAAUAUAUUUUUUAAAGAUUUUUAAAUAGGCUUCUUAUUGCGUGAUUACAAUUUACAACUCACAGAACACAGACUCUUUAUCAAGAAAAAAAAUGCGCACUAAAAUGGAACAGAAGCGUGUUUAAUGAAAACAAAUAUUUUAAGAGCUUCAUCAAAGACUGAAUUGUACACCAUGUAUCGUUUAAAAUACUAACCUGUAUUAUAGACUGUAAAUAAGCCUCAGUCAUUCAAAUAGUGUCACAUGGAGUGUCGAGCAUUAAAACCAUUCAAAUAUAGAAUAACAAAUAUGUAAAUAAGGAGAGAACAAAUACUAAUUAAAACAUAGUGAUAACCAUCAAUGAUGUACCAAUUAAAACAUGCUAUUGUCACAUUUUCAGCUUCACGUAACUGAACUGCAACUAAAGAAACUUAAAUCAAACAUGUUAUGAUAUAUUACAAUUGUUUACAAUUGUGUGUAUGUACUUUGCAAUUUCUGUAGAUAUGUGUAUAAUAAAUGUAGGUAGUGUUCGUAUGUAUGCCAUAGGAUUAUAUAGUCUACUAUAUACACACAAGUUCACAAAAACUCUCUGAAAACAGUGGUACCAGCAGAGAAACAAGUCACUGACAGUUUGUAUGCCCAAGAUAAAUGCACAGAAGACAAUUCCAUGCAACAUUGAUGCAUUAGCAGAAAUGGAAAGAAUGCAAAAUAUUAACAAUAGAUACGUAUAUAGUAAAAUUUGAUUUAAAGAAUUAUAAGACUAGCAGUAUAAUAAAAAGUAUACAAAAAAAACUUUGGAAAAUGUGUAUUAGGACACAGAAAAUAAUUAUUUUCUCUUAACAUGCUUAGGCUAGUAUCACUAAAAAUAAAAUCAUUAGGAUAAACUAUUUAAAAGUUCAUUUACUAGUGACUAAUACAUUAUUAUAAAAAAGAAUGCGUGCCUCAUCCUUUGAAUUUUAAUAGGACUAGCCUAAGAAUACUAUGUCAGAACAAAAUUUAUAGUGCAUUUAUAAAUAAAAAGCCUUUUUUAUACCACUUUUUUGUUUUGUUCAAUGUAAGUAAUUAUGCAAACAUUUCUAUUGUGGCUUUUCUGUUUUUGUAUUAUUAUGCACAUAACCUCAAUUCAAUGAAAUAAGGAAAAAGUAUCCUCAACCUAUUUAAAAACCACAUAUGAAAAAUUAAGGGAUAUCAAAUCGUGCAGAAAAACAUUUUCUGAAAGGAAUACCUCGUCUGACUUUACAAUUAAUCAUUGACUAGUAUCCUUAACUAUAUAUAAUAUAUACAUUGUUGAGGUUAUGUUACAGUUGAAAAUUGUAUCAUAAAACACUGAACUCUAUAGUGUAGUGCUAAAAAAACAUUGAAUGAUGGAUGGAUACACUAUCUAUGGUGUAACUUUUGUUACGUACAAUCUUUUUUCAACAUGGUAUACUUUACAACAUAAAGAUUGAUGAUAUCGAUACUCUUUUUUUCUGAUACAAAUCCAUGGAGUGCAAAGGAUUAGUAAGCAUGCUAUGUAUGUAAUACUCUAAAAGCAUUGACACAACCAUAUUUUAGUACAAAUAUCAUCUUGUGGAAUAAAGAUGUCGAAGAGGUGUCUAUACUAAAAAAAAUUAUACAUUGCUGUAUAGUUUUUUGAUUCCAGAACUCAUUUAUAUUCACUUUCGUUAUACAUACUUCCUUAACAAUCUAUGUCAUAAGGAAAUGAAAUUCUAAAGAAUGUUUAGAUUAUUUAUACUAUAUGGCCCUCCGUAUUGUUAGAAUAGAUCAAUGUGCAUAUCGGGUGUGUGGUGCCUUCCACGUAGACUUGAACGUAUUAUGACAGAUCACAUGAUGACAAAAAUCUACAUUGCUUAUCCUGCCAGUGGAAACGCAUUGCAACAGUCGCCAUGCUUUUAUCAAACAGUAUUUCCAUAAACUGACACAUAUAUUCCUUUAUCUCGCUCAGAAAAACCUAGAUAUUAUCACAGUUUCUCUUCCAGCGUUAACUCACACUUAAAUACAUUACUGUUUCCUUUUCUCCCACAGUAAUUACAACCCUAAUAAAACCUUACUAUUUAGUCAUGGGUGCAACCAAAACAUUCGCAAAAUAGUAUACUAUUAUACUUUUGGUUUUCCACUCGAUCCUAGCAUUACUUUUCUAAACAUUGUUUAAUUUCAUUUUAUUUAUAAACAGCGAUAUGCAUAGGAUGAUUAUAGAAAUUGGAAUAUGUUACGCUUAUUUUUAAAAACAAAUUUUUAGCUUAUUAGUUCAAACUAUUUGGAUGUAAAGAUGUCAUCUCGAUGAAAUCACAAGGGUAAAUUAUAUCCUUUCAAAGGAUAUAUAAAGUUAUAUUGUAUCAUGAAUUAUAUCAUAUCUUCCAUAUUUUCAUAUAUGCCUCGAUUCUGAUGACAUCACAAAUUAAGAUAUCGAGAUAAAAUUAUGAAAUGUUUUGACAGCACCCAUAUUAUUAACCACAUCGAACACUUGUCUAUACUAGAUAGACGAUGUCUAAGCUCAAAUACCAAGGACUUAUUUUAAGAUCUUAACAACGAAUCUUUUUGUUGGCAGGAAGACUACUUGUUUACAAGCUUGAAGCAAGAUUCUUAUUUCUGAAACUGUUAACACGUUAAGCGUUGCAUCAGUCACCAUUGACUACUUGUUAGUGAUGUACAAUUUGAAAUAUUAUAUUCUUAAGUUAAAUGUUACAUUAAAUGCGUUGAAGAUCAUAAAAAUGUACUCAAAAUAGCUCUACGAUAUUGUUUUAGAAGAACUAAUUUGAUUUGACCCGGAAAAUAAUCUUUUCCAAUUACAUUGGAACAUGAAUCAAUGGUAACCGACUGAAGAAAGAAGCAUUUCUGAAAAAGCCAAUAAAAAUACACAUUGUAGUAUAUAAAUUGUAAUGAGAUUACAUAGUAGCGUGCAAUAAUAACAAAAUAGGCUUGGCGCUUAACGUGUUAAGCACAUUGAACACUUUUUCAUUCUAAAUAAACGAUGUCUAAGCUCAAGUACCAUGCACUUAUGUCAAGACAUUAACAACGAAUCCCUUUGUUUGGCAGGAAGACUACUCGUUUACAAGCUUGAAGCAAGAUUCUCUUUUCUAAAGCUUUUAAGCACUUUUAAGUAGAUUUUUAAAUCUUAAAUAGCGUAAAAUGGUCAGCAUCGUUUCUUGAACUAUUGACUUGUGACAAUCAUGAACUGUUAAGCAGAUAAAAUCGAGGUUCGUUGGGAUUCUAUGUUCAUCGCAGAGACUAAUAAAUUUCUUUUAAAUAGAAACUAAAUGGACGUACAUGUACACAUAGCAUUUGUUACUUAACAUUAAAUCCUACAUAUAAAUAGACGGAAAACACAAUAGUGCGACUAGCGUUGAAACUGCGCAAUACAAACGCAAGUAUAUGUAAAUACGCAGUUGGAAGCUCGAAGCUUGAGAGCCUCGCUUAAACGUAAUAACAAAGUGUUUGUUGCAUAGUUAAUAUUUAGGCCUUAAGUAGGAAUCUAUCAUGAGGUAAAUCGAAUUUAAAGUUUCACGACAUAAUAAAAUUCACGAUUUAUACAUUAUAUAUUAAAUACCUUAAGUAGGUGUUCAUCUAUAUUUACGUAUUUGUGUAUAUUUAUAUUAAAGUGCUCUCCAAAAUGGGCUCUAAAAUUUUGUUUGUUCAAUAACAAAAUGCGUGUGAUAGCAUCACUUCCAUUUUAAAUAUGAAACUUGGAUAUAUUCCAUAUUGUUUGUGUCUUAUUAAAAAAACAAAAUCUUAAAGUCCUUUAUGGAAAAUCCUUUAUAACGUGUAUGUGAUAAUAUUCAACUCGCUCUCUAUUCAAUAUAGAAUUUCAAAACUGUGCUUCUAUGCAACAAGUGAUUCUUUCAUCGAUUAUAUUGAUCUGAGGUUCUAUUUUUAUAGAUCUAUCAUUUACUUCUUCUUUUUUUGUAUUUUAAAUAUUUAACAAUGUAUUCCUAAAAUAAUACAAAAUAAAUAACAUCCUCGACCAGAAAGGAAAAUCUUUUCUAUGCGUUGUACAGCUCGAGAGCCUUACUUAUAUUUUUCUAGAAUAUAAACGUUUUCAAAAACCAACAAAUAAAUAAAUAAAUAAAUAAGGAUUUUCAAUUAUUGUUUAAGUCCCACUGAGAAUGCAGUCGGUGACAUUUUGGAAACUCGUUUUGAUGAUGCUAUCUGUAUCCGUAUCUUUCUAAUUGUUUAGAUUUAUGCUCGAGUCCAAUAUUUAAAUGCCACUUAAAUAUAAAGUUUUCGUAUGCUACCCUGUGC